AAUCGCAUUGUUUUUUUAUGAACAAUUUUCGGAAUUUCCUGUGAAAAUUAGUGAAAUAGCUGGACGCCAGGAUGAUAAUUGAGAAGGAGCAUCCGCUGGACAAUUGCCAGGUGUUUGUCCAGCUGAGAAAAUGCUUCAAUGACUACGGGCAAAACACCAAGAGCCUGAAAACCCUAAUUUACUGGAGCGGAAACGAUGAGCACAUUGAGCAGAUCUGCGUCCAGGUGGCUGCCAUACUGCUGGAGCACGAACUGAUCCGCAUGGAGCCACAUGCCAAGCGCCUCGAGGAGCUGGUUGCCCGGCCAAAUGGCCCAAAUGCCAUGAAUCACCUGCGCGGACUGCUGGUCUACCUGGUUCUGAAUACGAGCAGGGAAUCGGACUGCCAGUGGAGCUCCCAGGUCAUCCACUUGUGCCACCAGCUGCCGGCCAUUCCACAAUUCCUCACCAUUGCCAUUGCAUUGAAAUGUGGCCUUCAGGAGCCGCUGGAGGAGUUCCUCGCCUGCGGACCCCGCUGGCUGACCACCCAGUAUUUCGAGGCAUUCAGUGAGACUCUCUCGCACGUUCACCCAGAUCAUUUGGAUGCCUUGCCCCUGGUUUUUGGCUCCCUAAAGGCAGCUGGCCGCGCCAUUAUCCAUCAUAAUCUGCCCGAGGAGAACAAGCGACUGCUGCGUCAGAUGGCCAGCAUGCUGCAGCGUCAUCUGCUGGACUCGCAGGAUCGUCUGAAGACUCUGCCACGUGCAGCUAUGAGAAAGCUUUACCUGGCCGAGGUGAUGCAACAGCUGCUGGAGGUGCUCCUGGAGAUUUUAACUCCUCGGCAUGGCCAAAAGCCCAAAUGCUUCAGCAUCUACAGCCAAAUGAGCUUGGACAUCAGCGGCAGCUACUCAAAGGAUCCCACUGCUGACUUGCGGCUGUAUUCCCUAAUUCUUCUAGACGCACUGCAGCGCAUUUUGCAGCUCAUCAGCGUGGACACCUUCAUGUACUGGCUGGAGAUUCCCUCGCAGCGAUUGCUCUACAGCUACCAGGAGCUCAUCUGCAGCCAGACGGCCGAGUUGCUUGGGUUAGUCCAGCCGGAUGAGGAACUCGGGCAGCAUUCGGUCUGCAAGCAGAUGCAAAGCUUUGCGGAUGCAGCCAAAAGCUUUGAAGAUCGCCUUGCGGAGUUGACUUUGGGUGAACUGUUGACCUUUCUCGACGGCGAUCUGGGUAAUGUGAGCAAUGAUCAACUGCUCGCCGGUCUGGACAACCUCUUUGGCCGCUCCAUUGCCUUUGGCAGCGAUGAGUGCGUGGAGACGAUGGGAAAACAUCUCAAGCUGCUCGGCACCAAGCAUUCCGGAUUGAUUUUACUGCACUUAAGUCAGGUGGUGGAGGCCAAGAUGGUGACCAAAGAUGAGGGCAUCUCCAUAACGGAAGUGAAGCAGGAAAGGAUCGACGACGAUGAGGAGGAAGAUGAGGAGGAGGAGGAGGAUGAGUAUAGCAGCCUGCUAAAGUUAGUGCUGCGUCCUCUGUUUCAGCAACUCAGUUUGUCGGAUAAAAUUCAACUCCUACAAACUCGCGACGAGCUGAAUGUGACGGAGGGCUUUAACUUCGAGGCUUCCGAUCACCAGGAGCGUCGCAUACGUUUCUUCAAUCGCUUGGAUAUGCAGAAGAAGUUCCCUCAAGAGGAAUUCCUCGAACUUUGCUAUGAGAACGCCAAGCAAACGUGGCUGGAUUUUGCCCGAUUGGCGGUAACGCAUCAUCGCUUUAUGCUCCUCUUUUGGCGACUGGCCUGUCAUGGUUGUCCCAAGCAUGCUGCUCGCCAUAUUCCCAGCUGCGCCGAGGAAUUCUUGCUGGACGAGCAACUGCUGAUGAAGCCGAACGCCCUGCGCUUUCUACUUUCCCUGUAUGGCCAUCGGCAGAUCCUCAAUGGAUUGUACAUGCAAUCGAGUGUACUUUGUGUUGGCCUGAAAGACGGUGAGUGUCCUUAUGAAAAGGAGGCACUGAAGCAGGCACAGGCGGGAUUUCUGGAGGCCUGUGCCGCCGGCUUAUGCAAAUUCAGUGAGUCCUUGAACUACAGCUGCCUGCAGUUCAUCCUGCGACUCCUGCUGGCAAUCACAACUGCCGAGAAGCAGCUAAAUGUGCAGGGCAUUCGACAGCUACGUAAACUCAAGAGAGAGCACGGAAAAUCGGAGGAAGGAGACGAUGCACCGGCGGUUAAGAAGGCCAAGGAGUAUAUUGACAUGCACGCCUUUUUGCUGGAGUGGCGCCAGGAGAACUGGCCGCUAAUCUCUCAGAUAAUGCUAACCAUAGAUGCCUUGCGCUGGGAUUUGACCACCUUUGAACAGGUGCGCGUGGAUACUUUGGGCCUGGCUUUGCGUUACUGGCGACGCGGUCUUUCGCAUUUAAAAAUUCUAAGCGAGGAAUUUCGGCAGAGAAUCUUCAAUUUAGCCGGGAAUUUAAAGCACAAGGACUUUUGGGUGGUCAAUCUAGACGAAGAGAGCUCUGACUACAGCCGGCGGCUCAUAAGAUUGUUGACGCAGGCCAGUGCAAUGGAGGCCACCAUGAUAUUUGGCAAGGUGCUGAUAAACCGCACCGAUUGCUCCCUAAUAAGCGAGCUUAGCGAUGCAGUGGAGCAGGCAAAGUGCGAGUCCGCUUUGCAGGCCUUUCAGUUCCUUUUCCGAAGCUACAUAGUAGCCUAUCGGCACUUUGUCAGGCACAUAAAACCAAGUCGGUGGAGCUACCAUUGGGCUCAUUUGAUGAGUGUUGUGGAAAGAGCUCCCAUGUCAGUCCACUCCGAAAUCUUGACGGAUCUUCAUGUUGCGUUCGCAUCGCGAUUGGGCAUGAUUCCUGACGAGCAGAUGAAGCAAAAGUCCUCUGACACCGAGGAUAUGCUAUAA